CCCUGGAAAGCCUGCUGUGAAGCAUCCGCUUCUGGAGGUGCCAACCACUGAGAGCAGUGUGGCUCUUGUCUACAAGUCCUUUUGAGCAGGUGUGAAUGUUUCAUCCUUCCUCGUGGGUUUACAGUUCUCUCCUCUGUUUCGGUCACUGCCUUUGGUGUACCACUUCCCUCUAGAGUGCGGCCCACUUCUUCCCCACACCUCCCUGCUCUUUCCUCCGUGAUGACACCAUCCUGGGGAAGAGAGCCUGUGCAGAGCUCUUCACUUUCAGCCUGCUGCAGUUUCCUUAUUGACACCAUGACAUCAUCUCUACCCUGGAAAUUCUACUCACCCUCCUGUGCCUCCAACUCCAUCCCAGGCCUCCAAGUUCCUAUAAAGAGGGACUCCCACCUCAGUGUCAGCACAGAGCACAGGCAGCUUCUGAAGUUUCUGGGCUCUGCAGUCUCAGCCCCAGGAAAGCCUCCCCUCCACCAAGACCAUGAAGCUCUGCGUGACUGUGCUCUCUCUCCUCGUGCUGGCGGCUGCCUUCUGCUCUCCGGCGCUCUCAGCACCAAUGGGCUCAGACCCUCCCACCGCCUGCUGCUUCUCUUAUAUCCAGCGGAAGCUUCCUCGCAACUUUGUGGUAGAUUAUUACGAGACCAGCAGCCUCUGCUCCCAGCCAGCGGUGGUCUUCCAAACCAAAAAGGGCAGGCAAGUCUGUGCUAAUCCCAGCGAAUCCUGGGUCCAGGAGUACAUGGAUGACCUGGAACUGAACUGAGCUGCUCCGGGCCUGGAGGCAGGAGGUCUCAGGGAAGGCCACCUGGACCCAGCGCUGCUCAGAGAGACACAGCCUCUCCAUGCUCACGACUCCUCUCAGUACUCCCAGUUUCUUCUCUUAAUUAAUCUUUGUUAUGUGCUAGGUUAUUGUAUUUGGUGUUAUUUCCAUUAUUUAUAUUUGUUUUGCAAAGGAUACAUGUCCCCCAUGGGGAUGGUCCACAUUCACUGUUUCUCUGUUAUUACAGAUACGUGGGUAAUGUAGUUGAUUCCAUGUGUUUUCAUAAUAAAACUUUAAAAAAUA